CUUGAACUCCCCAAAUCCUCUAACCCUUUUCUCCGUCGCAGAAUAAUAAAACUGGGACUUGCCCCUUUUCUCCAAGUUGGACCAUAGGCUCUUGCCCCCUUCUUCUCCGUCUCCGUUUACGGCGACUGGCGACUGGCGACUGGCGACUGAGGGCGAUAGUCCUAAUAAUGUCCUAACAAUCAGUACGCCCUUGCGUCCUUCCUCUUCCCAUCGGUUGCUGAAAACUCAAUCUAAGGCGGUUGCUGCGGCGGGAAUGCGACUUACUGCUCCUUUUCUCCGGCGAGUCGCCAUCUGAAUCUAUUGAGUUGAGAUCCUGCCCCUUCUUCUUCUCCGUCUCCAUUCGGCCAGCGAGUUUAUCUCUUCUCUGUGGUCUGACCCUGCUUUGCUAGGCUUGUUGAGAGAGGAUUUCCUUAAGCUUCUGUAGUCAUGAUGAGGUGGCAGAGGCAUUUACAGUCUAUACUUAGUCACGUUGGCAGAAGAGAGGCCCAAAUUGAGAGUGCAUCCUCAAAUUUAUCUAGUGCUCGUAAAAUUUCCUCUUAUUUACUAGGUGAAUUUCCAUAUCAACCGAGAACACUACCAUGCACAACUAUUCCAAGACCACUUCAUCAAUACUUCCAACAGUUGGGCAUCACAAGUUCAAGGAAAUUACUUGCAGAUUCAUCAUCUGAUAUAACUCCCAUUUCUUCUCCAUUGAUACCCAUUUCAGCUCCCAACAGUGGAAAAACUGAAACCCAGGCUGUUGUGUCUAAGCCUUCAAAAGUUCAAGCAGUUUUAAAGGGCAUUAAACAGAGUCCCAAGAAGGUGAAUUUGGUGGCUGCAUUGGUUCGUGGCAUGCGUGUUGAAGAUGCAUUGUUGCAGUUGCAAGUAACAGUAAAACGUGCUGUAAAGACUGUCCAUCAGGUUAUUCACUCAGCCCGUGCAAAUGCUACCCAUAACCACGGGUUGGAUCCAGAUCGUCUUCUUGUUGCUGAGGCAUUUGUUGGGAAGGGAUUCUUUAAAAAGAGAGUGUCAUACCAUUCCAAAGGGAGAUCUGGAAUUAAAGUCAGACCAGAGUGUAGGUUGACAGUGGUAGUGAGGGAAAUGACCCCUGAAGAGGAGGCUGAGAUAGCCAGACUGAGAGUCAGCAAUUUCCGCAAACUCUCGAAGAGGGAAAGUCGGCUUGUACCACAUAAACUUAUUGAGACCACUCCAAUAUGGAACCGCAAAAGCAAAGCUAGUAAAACAAGUGUUAUGGAAUGAACAGGGGGUUAACCUUCCUGAGUUUUAUGCCCGAGUGGAAAAUAAUGGGUUUUACUUGAUUUCAUGGUUGUUUGAAUUUCAGGUUCAAAUAUGAAGAGAGAUUAUUUGCAGGGCUUCUCUUUCCAACUUUUUUCACAUUUUCCAUUGUAACAGAACUUAUGGCCGAGGUUCAAACUAAAAUAUCAGCUGAUAUUAGACUGAAGUGGCAUCUGCACCACUCAUAUGCAGCUAGAAGCAUUUUUAGACUCUUGUAAUUUUUUUUGUUUAAUUUACUUUAAAGUUUGUGUUUUACCUGCUGAAGUCAAGUACCGUAGUGUGACUCAGGUUCAAUCAUGUUUGAUGCGUUCCCAAAAUGAAAUCAAACUCCUUAUUUCCCA